AUGCUCCCCCGUCUGGCCUUGUUCGUUGCUUCAGCUGUUUUGGCAUCAGCCCAAUUUACUCUUCCGCCCGCCUUGCAGGCUGCUCAGGACUCGGCCACGUCGAUCGUCGUCUCUGAACCCGUCACGACCUAUACUAAUGUCUCGUCCAUCGCAAAUAUGGUGUCGAUUGUUGACCAGAAAGGUGGUGCCCCAUCGGACAGCACCAGGCCUGGCUUGCCUCAACAAGCAACCAAACUGACUGCCCUUGAUGGCAAACUCGUUGAUGCCACUGUCCCCACAAUCAAUCUUGAACUCGGCGGGGCGCAAAGACGAGAAGCAGUCGACUACGAGCAAGUUUUCAGCGGUUCAAAGUCUGGCGAGCCCGAUGCUGCAAUCGAGGGAACGGCAUAUUUGACCUACUUCUUGGUAUCGAAUUCCACGUAUCAGCUUGGACUCGAUGAAUGCUUGGCCCAUUGCGAUGAGACUCUGGGAUGUGCUUUUGUCAACCUAUACUACGAGUUGAAUAACCCGUAUCUUGAUUUUGUCUUCCCCGAGAAGUCAAACUUGAAAUGUGUUCUAUACGGCGAUGUGCAUAACGAGGAGGAAAAAACGGACCUCGGAAACGAGCUUUUGCCAUCAAUCCGGACCGUCAUUCAGCAGAGUAGUGGAUACGCCCUACAGUCGCUCAGAAAACCGGCCGACCCAGCAGGCUACAAGCUUGUUUUUGGGCCAUUGUCAGCCGCCAAUAACGCUCCUCAGUAUAUGGGCUUUGCCUUUCUCGAUAAGUACGACGUCAAGGCCUGCGCUGCACUGUGCAACACUCGAGGAGCGGACAGCAACGACGGAGCCUGUAAAUUCUUCAAUAUUUGGCGGGCGGUUGUGAACGGAAAACCGGCGACAUACACUUGCGCGAUGUACUCGGCACCCACAGAUGCUUCGACUGCAACCAACACUGGCCAGGGUGACCUCCAAGUGACGCGUUCUCGUGGAUAUGUCAGGAUUAAUCAUAUAGUCGACGGGACAUUCGAAGCCUACGUUUGCGACGAUGGCGACAUCUUUUGCUUCACGGAAGAGGCUGCUGGAUGGGUCGGCAGCUCUCCUGCUGGGGGCCAGGAUGAUGCAACAAUUUUCCACUACGCCCCAUAUGCCCAUCAUGGCAGCUCUGUUGCCUUGCUAGGGAGCGCGUUUGGCAGCGACGCCUAUCCGGGGCUCCUUCAACCUGCCUGGCCCAUCACUGGCCUCAGGCAUGGACGAACAUAUGUUCUUGGCUUCUUCCAUUCAAGCUCCUACAGUGGCGAGGAACUGGAGAGCGACUCUUUCGUGACAGUCUGGUGGGGUCGAUCGUUGGUAGGGAAUAUCACAGUUGGCUAUAGCACGUGGGCGUACUACGAGUUCAAGGUCGUCGCAGGCAGGAACAACACGCUCUCUUUCAUCGGGGGUCAAGCUCCAGCGUAUGACUUCAUUGACGAUGUGAGCCUUUUCUUGCUGUAUUGA